AUGGCGGCUUGGAUGAUGUCCCCUUAUGGUGGUGCUGUUCCAGCUGGUAGUCUUGUUGCCAUUUUGCAGUCUGCUGGUGCGGCUGGAUUAGGUGCUAGCGGGGUGUUAACUGCCAGUGCAGCUGGAUGUGGUUCUUUUGCGAUGCAACAAAAAGAGUGGUCUGAAAUAGUAUUAUCAUUACAUAAAACAAGAUACAAGAUUCUUUUGCCAAAUUCUAAAUGUUUGAUAUAUCUAUGCCUGUGCAUUUGGACGUUAUUGGUAUUUAAUUUUUGUGGUGUAAAUGCGUCGGCGAAAACACUCGAUUCACCGUCUGUGGAAACAUGGUUGAAAACUUCUUGGGAUGCACCCAAUUUAUUGCUUGAAAUAGUCGAGUCAGUUGCAGCCGAGAACUCUUCUGCAUAUUUUCCAUACAUAACAGAACUAUUGGCUCAAAAGUCGGAAUUUGAUCCAUCAUCUUUAUCGACUUCUAAUUCUUCAUUAUCGCCAAAAGAGAUAUAUACAAAAGCAAUAAAAAUCCUCAAAGAUUCACAACUACUGUCAUUUUCCUCUUCGUCAUCAUCUUCGGAAGAAGAGAGAAGAAUCACAACAUCGUUACUAGAGUUUUCUCUUUCUCUGCAUUCUACCGCGCCAACUAUACAAGCUUUCUAUCAAUAUUUUAAUACGGCUGUGCUAAAUAGAUUUCAUAAUGAGAAUAAUAGUAGUAGUACCGUGCAUUUUGAUGACAGUUGUGAAGUUUGGGUUGAUUGGCAUGGACACCAGGUUUGUACUGCCGAAGAAUUUAGACGGGUUGCAGGAAUUAAUAAAGUAACUGAUACGAAAUAUCAAUUGAAUUUUCAUAAUGAUGAUGGCGAAAGGAAAAAACCACCAGAACUCUUUCCUUUCGACCACAUUCUACAAUCCUCUCGAUCUCUAAUUGACAAAAACUCUGAGAGCGCAGUCCCGACAAUAAUCCUAUAUAUUUCUAGUAUUUUGGCACCCGAGUUCGCUAAUUUUCAUGAAUUGUUAGUCAAAUUGGUUGAUCAAGAAUUGGCUCAUUAUGUUCUGAGGUAUAUGCCACCGCCAUUGUCAUCAACACUGUCAGGGGAUGAUAAAACUUUGUAUCUUGCUGGUUAUGGUGUGGAAUUGGCAUUGAAAAAUACAGAUUAUCUUGUUAUUGAUGAUCGGAAAGUUGAAACUGCAGAUGAUGAGAAAGCAUCAAAAACUGACGCAGAAUCUGUAAAAGAAUCGUCAUCUGCUAGUGAUACUAAUUCUGCAGUGAUAAAGCAGCUUAAAGUCGAUGAAAUCAAAGAUCUUGGAAUUAAGGCCACACAGUUUAUUUUGUCAUCUCAGAAUCCCAUUUCGACACUUGUCAUUGUUGCACAAGAUUUUCCAAUGUAUUCGCAUAUAAUCGCGACUAAGUUAACCUUGGGUAAUAGUGAAUCGUUGGUUUCGGAAAUUCAACAGAAUCAGCAGGUUUACGUGGCGGCUGGUGCGAAUGCGUUUUGGCUUAAUGGUAUGACGUUUUCGAUUGCGUCUGUUGAUCCUUUCAGUCUUUUAAGAAUGUUACGACGCGAACAGCAAACAGUCUUUUCAUUAAAAAGUCUUGGUCUCAGCUUUAAAAAAUCGAUUGAUCUCCUUACUUCUCCGAUACUAGUAAAUUCCAAACCAACGGAAAGUAUCACCAAAGGAAUGUUUGAUGUACGUGACAAAUCAAAGAGCGGUACCACGGCUGUGUGGUGGAAUGAUCUAGAGAAGGAUGAACGGUAUGCGGAUUGGCCUAGUCGAAUUAGAGAAAUCCUCCGUCCUGUAUUCCCUGGCCAGCUACAUUACCUUCGAAAAAAUUUAUUUUCCGUACUCUACGUAGUUGAUCUUUCGACCGGGGAAGGACUUCGACUGGUCGAUGAAUCUAAUACCUUUGUGAAUCGCGAUCUUCCGAUACGGUUUGGAACGAUCCCGCUUUUUUUCAAUGGAGAUCAUCAGAGUGAUUCAUAUAUAAUGGCAAAGCUUUUCUACUAUACUCUUGAUCGGUACGAUCGCGCUUCUGUUCUUUUAUUUUUUGCAAAGGUACGGGAAGAAUUAAUUCACACAGAAAAAAGUAUCCGCGACAUUGCCCGCAAAGAAUACGAGGCAAUCUUUAAAAAACACAAGCCAAAGACAUCCACUAAUGACGAUGAUGACAAAGAAAAAAAGGAUGACGAUGAAAACAACAACCAAUUCUUAUCGUUUGAUGAAAUAAUCAAUGACGAUAACGAGAACAGUAAGAUUGGUAAUGAAGUUAGAACGCAAUUAAGAAAUGCGGCAGAUUUUAUGAAGCGCUUUAAUCUUUUGCCGGAGAUUCAUGGUGGUGAUGGGGGAGUUAUGUUUGUUAAUGGAAAGUAUUUUGAGAUUGAUCAGUUGUAUCAACGAAAUCUAUUAAUGACAAUAUCCGAACACACGCAAUUUAUACAACAAAAAGUAUACCACGGUCAUAUUGACGAUACUACAAACAUACACGACUUUCUACUCUCACUACCAAAUGUUCCUUCGCGAAGAAACCCUCAUAUUUUCGUGACUGAAGCGAAGCCAUUAAAAGUUUUGAAUCUUGUUACUGCGAUGGAUAGUAGUAGCUCUAAUAUUGUUAGUUUGAAUGAUAACCAUGAAAAUAAUAUUCAAGAGGGAAGAGGACGAAUCACAAGUAUUGACGAUUUUGGGUAUAUUGUUUCAGAGAAGAAUACUGGCGAUUCUACUUCAAAUAUUCCAAUAUCUGUUUGGAUCAUUGCAGAUUUUGAAACUUUGUCAGGAAUCCAGCAAGGAUUAGAGGCGCUUUUAUUUCUGGAAAAUUUUCCAAAUGUCAGAUUAACUCUACUUCACAAUCCAUCAUCAUCGUCCUCACCAUCAAAUUCAAAUAACAAUAAAAACGACAGUAAUGCUAGUAUAUCCACAUUAAUAUAUUCAUUAUUACACGAUCAAGAUAAAGAUACUUCGUUGUCGCCACAAUCUUCAUCGGUAUCUCAUAAAUUAUUAAAAGAAAUAUUUGAAGAAGCAAUCAACAAUAAUAGCAACAAGAACAGUGGAACUGAUGAAUUUUCAACCGUCAUUAAAGAAAUAAAUACUGAAAAAAUAACUGGAUGGCAAACUAUUGACCGCAUGAAAUCCAGUAAUUUCUGGCACGGACUUUAUCCUCUUUUGAAAAAUUCGUUAAAAUUGGCAGGCGGUGAUAUUGGGAUUGUUGUAAAUGGACGGAUUAUUGGACCUUUAUCUUGUGAAGAAAUUUUCACUUUUGAAGAUUUGGUUCUUUUGAUUGACGUGGAACUUGCGGAACGCUUAAAUCCGUUCCUUGAUGCCGUCUCGUCGUUGAACAUUAUUAAGGAACUUGAAAAGCAAGAUGGUGACACUAGUAGCAGCUCAAACUCAAAAAAGUACUCUGACUUUAUAAUGAAAGCAUCCUCGAUCAUCUCAGCGUCCACCGUUUCGGAUGUUCCACCAGGAAUAAUGGAUACUGAGGAAAUGAAACGUGAUCGUCCAUACCUUAAUAUGUCGGGAAAGUACAGUCGACUCGAAAUAGGGAAUAUCGAAACUGCCUUAUUUCAAAUAGGUGUCAUUCUUGAUCCUGUGAGUGAGGUGGCACAAAAAUGGUCAAUUAUUUUAAAGACAUUAACCGAGAUCGAAGGUGUACACAUAUAUAUAUAUUUGAAUCCACAUUUAUUGCUGAUGGAAUUACCGCUAAAGCGGUUUUACCGUUAUGUAUUGGAAACGAAGAUGAAAUUUGAUAUUAACGGAAAUCCAAUUCCACCUUCCGCUUUAUUUAACAAUCUACCCGAAGAUCCACUGCUAACACUAGGAUUGGACACAAUUCAAGCAUGGCUAGUAACUCUACUAUCCUCGGUCCACGAUCUUGACAACAUAAAACUAAAAAACCUAGACCCAUCAAACACUAAACGAGGACGACGACGAGGUGUUGAAUCAAUCUUCGAACUAAAAAACCUGCUAAUAGAAGGUCACGCACGAGACAUCACCUCCAAUAAACCACCUGGUGGUCUACAACUAGUGCUUGGCACAAAAAGCAAACCGGCACUAGUGGACACGAUCGUGAUGGCCAAUCUUGGCUAUUUCCAAUUGAAAGCUAACCCGGGUGUUUGGAUUCUUGGACUACGUGAGGGUAGAUCGACCGAGCUUUUUGAGGUCGAGAGUGUCGGCAGCGAAGGAUGGUAUAGUCGAACGGUUGAUGAGAUUGGAAGCUUUAUUUUCGUGUAUAGUUUUGAGGGUGGGUUGAUUUACCCGAGGGUUAAGCGGAAACCUGGAAAAGAACGUGAAGAGAUUUUGGUUGCUGUCGAUAAUGAAGGUGAUGUUGGAGGAGAUGGAGAUGGAUUAUGGGGUUAUAUAAAGUCAAAAUUUUCGCAUACAUCCAAACACGACCACUCACAACGAAACUUACAAAAGCAGCAACAAAAGGCAGUCAUCAAUAUUUUCUCGGUAGCAUCCGGACAUUUGUACGAACGGUUCUUGUCAAUUAUGAUUGUUAGCGUACUUCAGCAUACAGAUAGUAGAGUGAAAUUUUGGUUUAUUGAAAAUUUCUUAUCGUCUUCGUUUAAAAAUUUUAUACCUCAUAUGGCACAAGAAUAUAACUUCGAUUAUGAAUUAGUAACGUAUAAGUGGCCCCAUUGGUUACGAGGACAGACUGAAAAGCAAAGAACGAUUUGGGGCUAUAAAAUUCUAUUCUUAGACGUUCUAUUCCCACUAGACCUAGAUAAAGUGAUAUUCGUCGACGCAGACCAAAUAGUGCGUACGGAUUUGAAGGAAUUGGUGGAUAUGGAUUUGCAUGGUGCUCCCUACGGAUAUACCCCGUUCUGUGAUAAUAGACCAGAGAUGGACGGAUUCAGGUUCUGGAAGGAAGGAUAUUGGAAGGAGCAUUUACAAGGAAAACCAUAUCAUAUUAGUGCACUUUACGUUAUAGAUUUACACCGAUUUCGUGUAAUGGCCGCAGGAGACAGGCUUCGUGGCCAGUACCAAUCACUUAGCGCCGAUCCUAACUCACUAGCGAAUCUGGACCAAGAUCUUCCCAAUAAUAUGCAACAUGUGGUCCCGAUUUUCUCGUUACCUCAAGAAUGGUUGUGGUGUGAGACUUGGUGCAGUGAUGAGUCGUUGGCUAAAGCAAAGACUAUCGAUUUGUGUAAUAAUCCAAUGACAAAAGAACCAAAACUUGAUCGUGCAAAACGUCAAGUUCCCGAAUGGGAAACGUACGACAAUGAAGUUGCCGAGUUUGCCUCAAAAAUUGCGGCUAAAUACACCACAGUUUUACAAAAAGACGAAAAGAUCCUCACUUCAACGAUCAUCCCGGAGCCUCUAUCAAAAGACGUGAAUGAAGAAAAGAUGCAGAUCAAAGAUCAAAAACAAGAAAAACUAA